AGAAGGAUUUAACCACAGGCAUAAUCUAGAAUAUAAAUCAGACCAAGAACAUGAAUUUGAAAAUGAACAUUCUAGUAAGCAUAGAGAAGGAUUUAAUAACGAAUCAGGACGAGAGCAUAAACUCGAGAAUGAAUUUGAAAACGAACAUGGCUAUUUAAACAAGCAUAGCGAUAAAGAAGGAUUUGACCACAAAAAUAACCACAGAUUAGAACAAGAGCAAAGUCACAAGCAUGGAUCUGAAAACGAGAGUGAAUUCGAUCAAGAACAUAAGAAUGAGAUCGA